AUGGCGGAGCGGGCCCUACCUGCCGGCGACGAUGACCCCAUCCCUACAACAUCUCCCAAACACCCUGAAUUCAUCCCACCUCAGCCACCCCCACCAAACCCCCAAAAAUUGAUCCUCUCCAAUUCAAACAGCUCCACCGCCACCUUCCGCUCUGGCACCUACAUUGUCCGGGUCCCCAAGGACCAAAUCUACCGCAUGCCCCCGCCGGAACACGCCACCAUCGUUGAACGACACCGGGGCUCGGGUGUCAACAAAAAGAGUUGCUCCUAUUGUUGCCUCGGCAUCAUUGCUUUCAUUAUCCUGUUUAUCAUCACCCUGGUGGCAGUUAUUUUGACCAUGUUGGCCAAGUCCGGAGACCCCAAAUUCAGCGUCGAACGUGUGGUUGUCAAGGGCAAAUUGGGGCGGCCCGACUACAACGUGACGUUGGAAGCCCGAAACCCUAACUCAAGAGUGGCGAUUGUGUACAAGGACGGUGGUGGAGCUAGCCUUUAUUUCAAGCAAAAAAAGAUAGCGAAUGGAAAAUACCCUUCUCUCUACCAAGGCAGCGGCAAAUCCAAAGAAGUUGCCCUUGUCCUCCAUGGCUCCAACAUGAAAUUGCCUAAGGAGAUUGAGAAAAGCUUAGAAAGUAGUCACAGCAGCACAUAUAAAAAAGGGCAUCGUGUGAGCUUGUCCCUGAACAUGGACAUUCCGGCACGGAUGAGAAUUGGGACGUUAAAUAGUAGAAGCAGGAAAUUUCAUGUGACGUGUGACAUAACGGUGGAUACAUUGGCAAAAGGGACCAAGGUUCUGAAACAGGAAUGUCAAACGGAACGUAAAUAG